AUGAUUCAAGGAAUAAGACGUAAACCAUUGCAGGAAGAAUCAACAGUGAAUCGUAAAGUAUUUCUAUUUUUAUUUAUUAUUUCUAUUAAUAAAGUUUAUCAACCUUUAAAUCAUUUUAAACUUGAUCAACUUUUAGAUCCUUCCUAUAGAUGUCGUUGGACUGGCUGCAUGUCCCUUCCCUUUGCUGUAGAGAACGAUUUGUAUAAUCACGUUUUUAAUGACCAUAUUAAUGCAGAACAAGAGAGAUUUGAAUGUCACUGGAUGGGGUGUCGUCGGUUUCCUUGCGGUGUAGAGAGCCGAACGUCUGUCAUUGCUCAUGUUAAAACGCAUUUUCCAGUUUUUCCUGAUACAGAUGGAGAUAACAGAAAACAUAGAGGAAAAUCAUCUAAAUUUAAAGUAUUGAAUAAGUAUGGCAAAAAUAACGGUAUUAUUAGCCAUAAGACUCAUGUCUCUGUAGAUAUGAAUGGAGAUGCUAUUGGGAUUCCUUUGACUGCAUCUUUAAUACUUAGAAAUCUUUCUAUUUCGAGGAAGAAUCUACAAUAUUUUGAAGCGUAUGAACAAGAGUUGACCGAGUUAUUGGCCAAUUGUGUUGGAUUAUCUAAACACCUGGCUGAAACAUUGAGUAAUUUGAAGUCUAUGUAA